AGGAGAUUCUUUUCUUGUCUUUUUUUUUUGCAGCGGGCCACCCGGCCUGGCUCGGUCUGUCCUGAGUAAAACCGACGAAAGAGGCACGCGAAUGGGCGUGGAUGCCUCCGACUGGCUCACUCUGAUUGGCUGAGAUGCAUUUUGGGGGCGUGGUUUGCUUGCCAGGCUCUUCCUAUAAAGGCGUCUGGGAGGGGGGGCGGCGCAGCUUCGUCUUCAUCCUUCAAGUACUGCACAUGGGAGGACUGGAGGAUUUUCCACCGCUUUUCCUCCCUUUUUAAUACAUUUUGCAACUUUGUGAAGUGUUUUUUUUUUUUUCAUACUUGUGCAAAGAGGACGACGGAUCGCUGCCUCGCUGGCCCUCGCCUGCGUCAUCAUGAUGUCGAUGAACAGCAAGCAGCCGUUCAGCAUGCACCCCAUCCUGCACGAACCCAAGUACACGCCGCUGCACUCCAGUUCCGAAGCCAUCCGCCGGGCCUGCUUGCCCACGCCGUCGCUGCAGGGCAACAUCUUCGCCGGCUUCGACGAGACGCUCCUGCAGCGGGCGGAGGCGCUGGCCGCCGUGGACAUCGUGAGCCAAAAGAGCCACCCGUUCAAGCCGGACGCCACCUACCACACCAUGACCACCAUGACCAGCAUGACGUGCACGCCCACGUCGUCGUCGGCGCACCUGCACCACCCGUCCGUGCUCACCUCGCACCACCACCCGGCGGCGCACCACCACCAGCCGGCGCAGGGCCUGGAGGGCGACCUGCUGGAGCACCUGACGCCCGGCAUCUCCCUGGGCGCCAUGGCCGGCUCGGACGUGUGCUCCACGGCGUCGCACAUGAGCGCCAUCAACCACAUGCAGCACCACCACCACCACCAUCACCAUCCGCACCACCCGCAGUCCAUGAACAUGCACGCGCACGGCCUGGCCUCGCACGGCUCCCUGGGGGGCGCCGCGGCGGGGGUGUGGUGGGCGCAGGCGGCGGCGGCGGCGGCCAAGCUGGGAGUGACGCAGGCGGACGUGGGCGCGGCGCUGGCCAACCUGAAGAUCCCCGGCGUGGGCUGCCUGAGCCAGAGCACCAUCUGCAGGUUCGAGUCGCUGACGCUGUCGCACAACAACAUGGUGGCGCUCAAGCCCAUCCUGGAGGCCUGGUUGGAGGAGGCGGAGCGGGCGCAGCGAGAGAAGAUGGCCAAGCCGGAGAUCUUCAGCGGCGGCGACAAAAAGCGCAAGCGCACGUCCAUCGCGGCGCCGGAGAAGCGCUCGCUCGAGGCCUACUUCGCCGUGCAGCCGCGGCCCUCGUCCGAGAAAAUCGCCGCGAUCGCGGAGAAGCUGGACCUGAAAAAGAACGUCGUGCGCGUCUGGUUCUGCAACCAGCGGCAGAAGCAGAAGCGCAUGAAGUUCUCCGCCACGCACUAAAAAAAAAAAAAAACGACAAACGCGCGGAGAGAGCGAAAGAAGGAAAAGGAAAAGAGAAGAGAAGAAAGUCCCGCUUUUUUUUUUUUUUUUUUUGGUUUGCCUUUCACUUUGGAGAGACAAAUCGCGGAGGGGCUCUUUGUGCCUCGACAAGACGUUUCAUCACCUCGAGCGUUGUGGGAGGCAACGAAAUAAGACUUCGUUUCUCCACUUGAGCAG